AUGCAAUUGGACGAAUUUGGGAAAGGGAUAAACCAGGAGGAAGGUAUAUUGUACACAGGCUCCUGGGAUAAAACGGUGAAGGCUUGGAAUGUUUCGGAUACGAAAUGUAUUGAUUCAUUUGUAGCUCAUGAAGAUAAUAUCAACUCGAUUCUAGUGAAUCAAGAAGAUGGUUGUCUGUUCACUUCAUCUUCAGAUGGGUGUGUUAAGAUAUGGAGGAAAUCAUUUGGUGAGAACUCACAUAAUCUCACAACUACACUGAGUAUCCAUAACUCACCUGUCAAUACUCUGGCAUUAAGUUCUUCACCUAAUUCUUUCUAUCUUUACUCCGGUUCCUCAGACGGUUCGAUCAAUUUCUGGGAGAAAGAUAGAGUUUCCGGCAGGUAUAUUCACGGAGGAUAUUUACCCGAUCAUCGAUUCUCCGUUCUUUGUUUAGUUGCUAUAGAGAAGUUGGUGUUCAGUGGAUCAGAAGACACGACUAUCAGAGUGUGGAGGAGAGACGAAGAAACCAAUUUUCACGAGUGUUUAGCUGUGUUAAAAGGUCAUCGAGGGCCGGUGAGAACUCUAGCUGCUUGCUUGGAGAUGGAAAAAGUUGCAAUGGGGAUCUUAGUCUACAGUGCAAGUUUGGAUAGAACAUUAAAAGUAUGGAGAGUGAAGGUUUUUCCGGGGGAACAGCCGAAUGCUACAAAUGCAGAGGAAUCUGCAACAACUACAGUAUGUUAUGACCACAAGAUGUCUUCCAGUACCAGGGAGUGUGAAAUGAGUCCAGUUUUAUCUCCGGCGUGGGUUGAAAAGAAGCUCCAGGAUAAACAUUUGCCGUAG